AAAGCCAUAUACGAAAAGCGAAGAGUCAUUGAGCUUGACUUUGGGUUAGAACCACCAAUUGAAUCAAAUCCACAGUUACCGAAACCCAAAACAAGUUGAAAGCCGCCGAAGUGCGGAAAAGUGAGGAAAACCGAACUGGCUUUUCUGCUGGCUGCAGCAGAGGAAACGUUAUUUCCAGGAAAUGCACUUAACUCUUUCACUCUGUCUCGCUUUUUUCUUUUUUCUCAUUCCCUCUCGUGCUGAGCGCAAAUUUGAGGACCCAAUCGCUAGGAACUUUCUUUUGAUCAAGUGAAAAAUUGGUGUGCGAAAAACAGCGCCAGUUGGAAAAGCUCAGUCGCUCGGAAAAAUAACAUUAGCGGCGGGAUGUGAGAACGAAAGCGAAACAAUCCCGAUCCGAAGAUGCCAAAGUACAGAUGCCAGAAGAGCCAGAAAAGCCUGAAAAGCCCAUGGAGCUAAUUAAGCCGCCUCGCAUGAGUGGUGUGCGGUUUUAGGGGCCAGAGGUUGCGGGUGGCUCUGCAUCAAGGGAAAGCACUAACUGCAACAUCAACAUCCACAGCAGCAAUAGCAAUAGCAACAACAAAGAUGAGAAAUCGCUGGCUUCCUGGCUUCAUGAAGAAAUAAGUCUAGAGUGCGUUCAGUUGAGGAAAAACUUGUUCAUCUUCAGCUCUAACGAGCUAACGGAGCGACAAGCGGACCAACUCAACUGAUGGGCGGACUGGCAGACUGGCGGACGGACGCUCCGUUGGACGGACAACUGUGAGCGAUUCCACACAAAACGAGACGAUAGGUAAACAACAAGCAACCAGCAACAACAAGAGCAGCGGUACAAGUAGCAAAUGGCAAGUGCAAGUGUAACAGCUGCGGACUCCUGUACUUUUCUGGAGAUGGCCUCGUGAUCACGAGAUCUUCACCAGCUUUAUAAUGAAAUAGCAAUUAAACUAAGAAAUAAAAACGUAAUCUAUUUUUU